GAUGUGUUGGUGGAGAUCUGCGCUGCCGCAUGCCGUAUCUGCAUAAUCCAAUCCAGUCCAUGCAACGAAUGGAAGAGAAUUUGCUACUGUAUUCCGAGUGCCGAUAGCUACCGGUACUCGUCUUUGUGUUUGACGACAUCAUGUCGCUCUUGGAGGCAAUUAAAGUGAAGAAACAGAAGGCUGGAGAGCAACGGCGACGAUCGACAAGGGCAGUAGCUUCUCUCAUUAUUAUUCCGUUGGUCUGCUGUUCUCUGCAGAUGAAACAAAUUCAGUUCUAUAAGGAUGUUUUGGCAGCGAAUCUUCAGAGGAUUGUUCAAGAAAACACCAAUGAAGGCAAUCGUGAGCAUGAUCAUCAUAACAGCACCAACACGAGUUGGAGUGAAGAAACCCGGCAUGCAAGACCCAACCACACCUAUCCUUUUACAAUUGCCGCCUGUCUGCUUGCCCGUGAUGACAAUCUGCUGUUGCCAGAAUGGAUUGCAUUUCACUACACAGUAUUGCCACUGAGACAUUUGAUUAUUGCCGCUGAUCCGUUCAGUAUUACAUCUCCUGAGCCCAUCCUGGGCGCGUUUCGAGAAGAGCUGCCAGAUCUGACCAUUGAAUUGUGGACCGGAAACUCCUACUGGCACGAUGGACAAUGGUCCAGAGAGAGAUUUGAAAACUUUGAUCCACACAAUCAUACCUGGAAGCAAGCAUACACUAUGUAUCUACAACGUCAGCGUGCCUUUUACACAACCUGUCUGCGCCAACUCAAACAACAAGGGAAUUUUAGCUGGACUGUCAUCAUUGACACAGAUGAAUUCUUUACCUACAAUGCAUUGCUGCCGAGUGAGCAAUCUCAAUCCAGUCCAUUGCGGAUGUCCCUGCCCAGCAGCAUUGGAAGGCAGAAUGAGACAAUUGCACAUUGGCUUGCCCGUGAUAAGACAGUACACAAAAACACCACAAUUUGUUACGUCUAUCCAAGAGUGUUCUUCUCGGCAAAGGAUCAAUUGUCGACAAAAGAGCAAGCAGAUAUCAAUACCACUGUGCCAUCAUCGUUUUUUCCUGUCAAAACCUUCCACACACUCCGCUAUCGCUCCCAUCAGCCAGUGGGGCGGAGGCAGCCUGGCAAAUCUUUGGUCAAUGUUCACAACUACAAUGGACGAGACAAAGUCACCAAUCCGCAUCGGCCGCUUGGUGACACCUGCGACAAUUCCUGGUCACAAAAAAUAGAAUUAGAAAAGAUCCCAUUUCGAGUGCACCACUACAGUGGCUCCUUGGAUACAUUCGUGGCUGGUCCCAGGCGGUCAGCACAACAAUGGGCUGACAGGAACGACUUCCCCAUUGCAGGAAAAGAUCAUUCACUUGCAGGGUGGUUUCACAACUUUGUGCAACUUGUGGGUGAAAAGACAGCAUACAAACUUACUGUGGAGACAAGGCAGGAUGCAUACUUGCAGUGGAAGGACAUCAAGUACAGAGUAGAACAAAAGAACGAGACCAUUCCAUUGGCCUUUGAAUAUGACCAGCCAGGUGGUGCCGAGAAGGGGCGCAACAAGAGACAGUAACCACUAGAGACCGGUAACCACGAUCCACAGGAUCCUCGCCGGUCCAGUACCGGCAAGGAUAUAACCCCAGGCUUUGCAACCUUGAGCUAGCAGACUUUGAAUGGAACGGGGGUUUAGGGUAGGUAGAUUAUCUACGGGAAGCCUGCUGUGUAGCCAGAGCUAGUAGUCUUUCGUCUUUGAAUC